AUGUCACAAUGGCAGCUCCACAAGACAGAGAUUGCCAGUUCCGAGGUUCAACAAACCUACCAGGAGACCAACCUCCAUCUCUUCGCGGAGAACGGCAAUCUGGCGGAGGUUCAACGCUGCCUCGCCGACGGGGAGAUGGUGGACAAGAGGAACACGAGGCGGCAAACGGCGCUACACAGUGCCUGCCUCGGGGGCCAUCAUGAAGUUGCCGACAUCCUGAUGAAACGGGGUGCGGAUAUUACUGCCAAGGACGACCAGCUAGUUUCCAUUUUGCAUUGCGCAGCAUCCGGAGGAAACGACGAUAUUGUGCGCACUCUUUUGGCAUCGGGAGUCGUGGUCAACGCACGGGACGACCGCUCCAGCACACCACUCCACGCAGCAUGCAUGCGCGGCCACAUUUCUGUCAUCAGGUGA